AUGUCUUCCGAAUCCCCUCCAAAGUACAUUUACAAAAUUAUCCCUUCGCCCCCCGAGGAUCCGUUUCCCAAGGAGCUUCCCUUGUCCGAACUUGACCGUGCCUAAGACCGCAGACUUGUUCUUCACCAAGGCAUCUUCUCUUUGGAUCAUCAAGCUGGAAUACGCCCAGUUUGCUACUGACUCUAUGAAAUGGGAGGGUGGUUAUCCCCACCUGUAUGGCAACUUUGGUGCUAAAAAUGUUG